AUGGACACCAUAGAGAUGAAUGACUUCGACCAACCGGAAGGGGCUGAAGGAGGUGAUGAGGGGGUUACACCUGUUGAUGAAGACGAUUUCCGGGGCGGACUAAACGACAACGAUAGACUAGACGAUGCAAAAACCUCCAGUUUCUAUGAAGAGAAUAAAGACGACUCCUACCGAAAAAGGAGUUAGACGAACUGUACACAUACGGAAAAUUCGACGACAUAAAGUCAGAAUAUAUUAAAAGACUUCAGGUGUCCGAUUACCGUAUAAAUGCGGACGAUGGACCAGUUUCUAGGGACCUUUUAUCCCGUUUGGACAUCACUAGAAAUAAGCUGACAUUCAAAGGAACCGAAAUCGCUUACAUUGAUACAAGUGGUAUAUACAGAUUUUCUACCAACAAAAGAUAUAAAAAAUUCGUAUCGGAAUUCAAUACCAAAUUCAACAUAGCAGUCGGAGAACACAUAACGAAGGCUAGAAGUGUAGUCGAAGAGGAAACCGGAGGAGAAGCAUCAGGAGAAACCGCAGAAGAUAUCCUCGAGGAUGCUAGGGAAGAACUACAUCAGGAAACCAUCACUGCGAGUGAAACUCUUGCAGAACAAGCGGGAAGGUUGGAAAGAGAAGGUAAAAUAACCACACAGGAUAGAAGGGAAUUUGUGGGAGUAACCGCUCCUAAAGGACCCCCGUAAGUUAGGAUUGAAUCCCUAAAAACCCAAAAGGUAAUAUUUGAAACAACAUAGAACUCGAAACAGAUCCUGAUAAACGACAAAUUAUGCAAAAGGGUAGGGAUGUUGCCGAACAGGGUAUUGAUGACGCCAGGUUAGAAAUGGGUCAGCAACCCGAAUCAGAGGAGGGAAGACACAGGUUUAGGGAAAAAGUAAGGGAAGACAUCCGAACAAGAUUCGAGAGAUUCCGUAGGUGGGCAAAGGAAAACCUGGAUGCGCUAACCGCUAUCGCUAUUUCCGUCGCUGGAAUCAUCACUACGAUUGUAUUGGCAGGAAAGAAGACCAUUGUGAGAGCAUCCAAAGGACUAGGAGCUGUAGGAAAAGCACUGGCCGGACUUGCAAAAUCUGCACUACCAAUCCUAGUACCUAUCCUAAAUCUGCUAAGUGCUAUUCUAAGCUGGGGAGCUAAGGAUCUUGCCUUUCUCGCCAAAAACCUAUGGAUUGUGGUAAUCCUAAUUGCUGGAGCUAUAUACAAGUACUUUCAAAGCAGACAAAAGAAAUAA